AUGUCUCCUUUUAUGGAAAGUACAACAGACUUGUCUAAAAAUGACUGGAAAGCUGAUCAAAGAAUGCCAUCAUUGGUAACAACUACGGAUGAACUAGUUGAAAGGCAGAGACAACAACUUAGGUACAUCAGAACUAUGCGAGAACUGCUUUUAAAAAUGGGAAUAUCCGAGAAAAUUGAUGAUUAUGAUGGAUUUUUGAUAGAAAUUUCUGAUGAGGCUUUGAAUGGAAGUUUGGUUCUUCCUGAUAGAACAAAGGUUAUCGAAAGGGAAAAAACACGUCUCGGCGGUAUCGAUUGGCCCGAAAAAUCUGCUCUUCUGAAAGCAAUAGAGGAAGGAAAAGUAUUUAAUGACGUUG